AUGGAUCGCUACGUUUUGCUCUGGCUAACUUGCACUGUGGUUUGCGUAUCAGCAUGGUCUCGGCCUUUCUACCCAGUCCACAGAGUCAAUGCACCGACCAGGGUAACACGGUUUGCUCCUCCACCUCACCCACCUUACCCACCUCAUCCGCCUCGUCAUAGAGCACCUCCACCGAUCCCCCAAGAGGAACCCCAAUGGCAAAGACCGAAGCGCGAACAUUACGAAGACCACAACCACGAUUACGACCACCGCGCCACCAGCGGCGUUACCGGACCAGUUCAUACGUUUGUGAAAACCGACAAGAACGCUAACUAUAAGUGGGGGGUCCGCCAUCACGUGGGAAACAAAUACGCUUCAUAG